AUGACGACAUUCAAAGACAGCCAGAUCGCGCGAGUGUUGGGUGAGAAAUCAUUUAAUAGAAUAUCCAGCGCAAAGAUAUUGAUCGUUGGUGCUGGUGGUAUCGGCUGCGAACUUUUGAAAAAUGUCGUCUUAACCGGUUUCAAGAAUGUUCAUAUUAUCGACCUCGAUACUAUCGACUUAUCUAACCUCAACAGACAGUUCUUGUUCCAGGCGAGACAUAUCAAAAGGUCAAAAUCAGAAGUAGCAAAAGAGACAGCAAGCAAAUUCAACCCAGAUGUCGAUAUAGUAGCACAUCAUGAUAAUAUAAAGGCACCUCAGUAUGAUAUAAGGUGGUUCUCGCAGUUUGAUAUCGUCCUCGGCGCGCUCGAUAACCUCGACGCGAGAAGGCAUGUAAAUAAAAUGUGUUUGGCUUCUAACACGCCGUUAAUCGAGAGUGGGACAACUGGAUAUUCUGGCAAUGUACAGGUUAUCAUCAAGGAUAAGUUUGAAUGCUACGACUGUCAGGUUAAGCCUACACCAAAGACUUUCCCAGUCUGUACCAUCAGAAGCACACCAUCUGCACCAAUUCACACCAUUGUAUGGUCAAAGUCUUAUCUCCUGCCUCAGGUAUUUGGUCAGGCUGAGGAGGAUGAUAGUGAAUUAGAUAAGGCAGCGGAUGAGGGUGAAAAUGCUGAUGAGAUAAACACCCUCAAAGAAGAACAACACGCGUUCAAGAAAGUCAGACAAGCAGUCAGAACUGAAGGUGGUGCGAAGGUACUUUUCGACAAAAUAUUCAACUCAGAUGUCAAAAGAUUACUAGAAAUGGAAGACAUGUGGAAAAAUCGCCAGAAACCUCGUCCAUUAGAGUUUGACGACUGUGUAAACUCUUCAGAUUUCACUACAGAGGGUGGUACAACCGAUAGCGCAAUUGUUGAUCAACGCAAGAUGACAUUAGGUGACAAUGUCAAACUCUUCAUCGAUGCGACGGAGCGUCUGAGUGCGCGCGCACGUGAAACUGAUGAUCCAAUUGAAUUUGACAAAGAUGAUAGAGAUACUCUAGACUUUGUUAGCGCCGCUUCGAACCUCCGCUCAAUAGUUUAUAGCAUUGUACCGAAGACCGUGUUCGAAGUGAAGGAGAUGGCGGGUAAUAUUAUACCGGCUAUAGCUACGACUAAUGCGAUAAUUGCUGGCGUUCAACUACUCAAGGCUGUUAAUGUCCUCAAUGAUGAGAUGGAUCUCUGUAAACCAGCUGUAUACCUCGGUUCACAGCUUAUCGCGGCACCUUUCGAACCACCUAAUCCAUUUUGCACGGCCUGUAGAGAUACCUACAUCUCACUCCCGGUUGACGAGUCCAAGUUGACUUUGGGAGAGUUCAUAACUACGCUUAGGAUGUUAUUCAAGGUAUACGAAGAUGAUAGAGAACUCAGCAUUUUCGAAAAGGAGCGCUUACUCUAUGACCCUGACUUUGAAGAUAAUAUUAACAAACCAUUAAAAGAUCUUGGCUGUCAGUCGAACACAUUCAUUACUGUUGUUGAUGAGGAUGGUGAAUUCGACAAUGUUGCAGUCGUCUUGACCCCAUUACCAGAGGAUGCAUCUGAAAGCUGCAUUUUGCCAUCACAAGACUCCUUCAAGCAACCCGGCAAGAGAGUGAAGAAGCCAGAACCAGUUGAACCAGAACCAGAACCAGUAUCUCGCAAGAGAGCUAGGGAAGAAGAGUAUACAGAGACCGCUGAUGGAGUUGUCUGUAUCGACGAUAGUGAGGAUGAAGCACCACCAGCCAAGGCAAACAAUGCGACUAUCACACUAGAUGAUAGCGACGACGAGGUUGAAGUAGUACCUCCAAGCAAGAAAACACGUCUGGAUUAGCACAUAAUUUAUUUUGUAGUAAUA